CUCUCUCUCUCUCUCUUAAAAAAAAAGAAAAAAAAAGGAAAAAGAAACUGUAACUCCAGCAUUCCAACCGUUAGCUUCAGCAAACCCUAAACCUUUGACCUCUUUGAUGGCCGAAUCGUCCACUCAAUCAAAUUCAAAACGCCAGACACUCUCUCCCGGAAAAGAUGCAGUGGUCGACAGGAUUAGUAGUCUACCGGAAUCUCUUCUCUGCCACAUUCUCUCCUUCCUUCCAACCAAAGAGUCAGUCGCCACUAGCAUUUUGUCAACCAGGUGGAAGCUCCUUUGGACUCUCGUCCCAAAGCUAGACCUCGACAGUGACAAGAUCAACACUUUGGAGCUUUCGCUUCAUGAUGAUGAUGUUGAAGAUGCACGUGAGAUCAUGUUUGCACAUGUUGUGUCAAGUGUUUUGGCUAAACAAGAAUGUGGAGAGCUCCAAACUUUUCGCCUCAUAUGGCGAUUUUGGUGGGACGGUUCCCAUCUCGAGGCAUGGCUUCGCACUGCCGCUGCUCGUAAAGUAAAAGAAAUUAAUCUCGACAUUUUUACUGCUAGGGAGGAAAAUCUGAAUUUGCCUCCAAGCUUUUUCUCUUGCAGGACAUUAGUGGUUCUGAAAUUAACUGGUACUAUUGAUAUUGAUAUUGAUGUUGAUACCCCUUCAUUAUCGUUUUAUUUCCCGAGCCUAAAGAUCCUGCAUUUAGUACGUAUUUUGUUGCCGAGUAUCAUUAAUUCACAAGAACACUCUUUCUUGAAACUCAUUUCUGGCUGCCCUGUCCUCGAAGAUUUGUCAUUUACAACUGACCAUUUUGAGGGUGAGUAUAAAUUAUGUGUACCCACGCUGAAACGCUUAAGUAUCAGCGGUAUUAAUGACUCUGAUUAUGAACUCGAGAUAAACGCCCCAGCUCUUGAGUACUUUGAUUUCGAUGGUGAUCUAGGCUACAUCAAAUUCUAUGAAAAACCAAACAACCUAGUUCAGGCGGAUGUCUGUACUUAUAGAUUUGACGAUGACUAUACUUCUAUAUUUGACGAUGUCUAUACUUCUAUACUAGUUCAAUAUUUUUGCUGCACUGAAUAACGUCAAAUUCCUCUCAUUUUCUUCAAGUGGCACGGAGUGGCACAACAUGGGAAAUAUUUAUCCUUCCUCAUUCCAGAAUUUGGUGGAACUAAAAUUUAAAGUGAAUGGUUGUAGCUGGAAUGUGCUACAAUACUUACUCCAAAAAGCUCCUAAUCUAGAAACUCUUGUUAUUACUAGGGGUUAUGAUUUCGUUGAAAGCAACUUAUAUUGGAAGGAGCCACAAUCAGGGACGGAACCAGGAUUCAUACCUGAGGGGGGCAAAGCUUAAAACCAAAAAAAAAAAAUU